AUGGCGAUGGUUCCAAAGAAAAAAGACGCCAUGCCGGUGACUUUAGGGAUGGAAGAUAUCAACAAUUGGACAUUAUGUCUUAUAGAUGAAUUCAUGUUGAAGAUCAGAAAUCGAAGGUUGCAAGUCGGAUUUGGGAUCGAAAGUCAGAGGUUCAAGGUACGAUCGGAAGCAUCAGAAUGCGGAAAACAAAAACGGAGGAGGCAUCAGGUACGAAGACAGUUCUCUUCUUCUCCAUCUGUUUUUGGAAUGACAACCUCUCUUGUUAACCUAAAGGGAAAUGCUAGUUCAUUCCAAAAGUCACUUGUUUUCUGCAGUAGAGCAACAUGGGAAGGUGGUCAAUACAAUAGGGAUGAAAAGAGUCGAUUGGAUGCUCUGUGUUUAGCAAUGGAGCUAGGAGCUUAUCACAUCGAUGCUGAGCCUCAGGGUGAGAAGAAGAAGAAAAUAAAAACUGAAAAUUACUGGGAUUGGGAAUUGGCCAAUGAGACAAAACUGAUAUGGAGUUUAGGGGUUAUUGUUAAUAACCAAACAGUAGUUAGAGGGGGAAGAAGCAUCAGGGGAGUCAACAUCUCAAAUGAAGAGCAGGCUUCUGUUAGUGUAGUUGUUCCAUCUGUACAUGAGACUGAAGGUCGUUCUGCUUCUUUAGGUCCCACUUACAGGGAUUCCUUCUUUCACUACAAGGUUAAUUGCAGGUGGUUGGAGACGUGCACAAUCCUUGGAAAAUAUUCUUCUUCCUCUGAUUCUUACAACUUCUUUCAUAGGAAAGGUGUCCCUCUUUUAAGGUGUAUGUGUGAUUGUGAUCAUUCUGUUAGAAGAAGUGUCACAUACAGGGUUUGUGUCUGGACUGUUGUGAUGUUGUGUGUUCUUCCUAUACUCGAUGCUUACACACUCAUCACAAGAUUCAUAAGGGUUGGUGGUGAACUUUUUGGCAUGUUGAUUUCAGUGUUCUUUAUGCAAGAGGCUAUUAAGGGAGUUAUUAGUGAGUUCCAUGUUGGAUAUUUUAGGGAGUUACUAAAGAUGUUCCUCUUGGUGUUCCUAGACGCCUUUUUUGUCCCCUUCCUUGGGAACCUGGAUCUUUGUCCCAUUGGACAGUCAUUAAGUGUCCUCCUACAAUCACCCAUGCACACAAGGAGUCUCGCAACUCUUGAGAGACAGAUUAUGCAAAAGAAGAUGGUAAAGAUCGCAAAGGAGGGUAAGAAAAUGGAAGCAAGCAGCUUAGAAAUCUAUGGAAAAAUGAAUUUUGCUUUUGUUCAAAUGGAUCCUCAUCCACAAGUACUUUAG